UAAUUCAUAUCUUCUUGAAAACUACUAGAUCAACAAUAAUUUUUGCUUGAGUAGUUAAAUGAUUUUAAUUUUCGAAACAUGAUUUAAGCCGACGGCGCGGCGACCCUAAUUUCAGGUAGUACUAGUCUCAAUGGAUCGCGUUCAUAUAAUUUAAAGGGAUUUUUGGAUUUUUCACUCGAUUUGAGGGUACAAUUUUCCAAGUUUGGAUAAUCGGAAAUUAGAGUGUUAAUGUUUAUCAUCAAAAUUCAAAAAACAAAAUUUAAUUAAAAAAAAUAUAUUUUCAAUUAUAAACUUUUGGAUUUAUGCGAAAAAUCAUAAGUGUACGCAUUUGUUUAAGAAACAGGCAGUUUUCCAAGUUGGUCAUCUCCGUUCCGAUAAAAUGGCAGGGUUUUCCUACGGUUUGGUACGGGACAUGAAGAAGCCGGUGAACCAGCUAAUAUGUACAGAGCUAGCGGUGGUGAUGAAAGAUAUUUAUCCUAAAGCCAAAUUUCACUACCUGGUCCUUCCUUGGGAGGACAUUGAUACGGUUUACCAGCUUUCUUUGGAAAACUUACCGCUGUUGCACGAGAUGCAUUUUUUGGGAUCAACCGUGAUACAGAAAUUUGGUGUCCAACAAGGUAUGAAGGAGGACUGUUUUCAAAUGGGAUUUCAUAUGAAGCCUAGUAUGCACAGGUUGCACCUGCACUGUAUCUCAACUGAUUUUGUUUCCGAGAGUCUAAAGUACAAAGAACAUUGGAAUAGUUUCGUCACAGAUUUUUUUAUGCCAUUUGAAAGUAUUGUGCAGGAGCUGCAAGAAAAGGGUCGAAUUGAAAAACGCCCUGAGCAGUAUGUCAUCGACUUGCUGAAAACGCAAUUGGUUUGCAACCAGUGUAAUUACCAUCCGAAAAGUUUUCCGGACUUGAAACGCCACUUAGCGAACCAUUUGUCCAGCACCGGAAGUGGGACCGAAGCCAUCAGUUUGUGAUCGUAUCAACUAACAAUAGGAUAACUCUAUUCAUGGGAGUGAAGAAACAUGGCUGACUGUACGAGAGAUUUGAGGCCGAUGCGGACACGUGGCAGGUCCACCAGGCACGGGGAUAAUCUUUCGCUGGCAAGUUUGCUGUAUCUGCUUUGAUCGAGGCUAAUAACUAUGUUGAAGUUAAAGCCCCUCAAAUAUAGCAGAAUACUGGAUUUAUAGCCAGUUUCAACA